AUGAUGGGACUUUGUUACUGCUGCAGUUUGGUGACUUUGCGCAUUUUCUUUUUGAUUCCUGUUGUUAUAAUGAACUUCCAGGCGACUCUAUUAGUCACUCUUGUGGGAAUUGUGGCAUCUGCCCCAAUCUCUGACAAACUGGACAUUAUGAAUAAGGAUACUAUUGAAAAGGCUCACAGUUUAAUCAAAAAAAUUCUACAAGACAUUCCUACAACUCAUGCAGCCUGGAUAAACAACAAGAGUCUGAUUUUGGGCGACAGCAAGACUAGGCUGGAGCUAGAGUUCUUGAAGAAAGAUAUGAAUAUACCCUAUGCCCCAGUUCUUCAGAAUAUCUCCGAAAUCUCCAGCAUGAAAACCUGCCUUGCAAACAUAACGAAGGGACUGCAACUGCAUCUGAAUCUCUUGAAAGCGAUCAGCAAAGCAACCACACUGGCUCAGACAGACGAAGUCAAAGACCUUCAAGCUGAAAUUCAAGAACUUUGGGACCUAAUCGAAGAGAACCAGGCAUCGGAUGAGCAGUCGCAGACCCUUGAGCAUGAUCUGGCCAAGCAUCUUACAAGUGAAUACAUGACCCAGGUGGCAGCCCACCUCACCCUGCAACAGCUUCAGGACUUCAGCCGUGACAUCCUCCGCAUUAUCCUCAGUAUGGCAGAGAACCCUAACACUGUGCAUCCCGCAGCAGGUCUGUGAGCAGCCUAGACCGUAAAGCCCAAAGUAUACCUGAGUUUUGACACAAACGCAUAGCCUUUCAAAACAUACUGAUAGCCUGCAAAAUAUACUGAAACACAUGCAGGUUGGUAAGAGCGAAAUUGAAAGUUCCAUCUUUGUCAAGUGUCUGUGCUAUUCUUUCACAGAUGUUAUGAAAAAUCGACUUCCCUGUAGAGAAAAUAAACCUGGCUUGUACUCUAUAGAGUAUGCAUAGAUUUAAAAAAAAACAAAAAUGGGCUAUGCACGUACAGCAUUGUACCCUAGCAUACAUGUUAAAAUCAAAGUAUACUUUGGGAUUUACACAAAAAACAGAUGCAACAUGGUACAGUGACAAGCAAAAAACAAAUUUACAGUUGAUAUGUAUUUCAAGGUACACAGUCAAAUUAUUUGUUGAUGGAAUCAUGUUGCACCAUCAGUCAGGACAUGGAGGCACUGGUAUUUGUUUUCUUCAGAUUUUGUAUUUUUUAUUUAUUUAUUAAUUAGGAUAUUUAUUUUAUAUUUCACUUGGCAUUUUAUUUAUUAAUUUAGCCAUUUAGGAACUCUCUUAAAUGACUAUUCUUUACAGUCUCAGAAAGCAAUGUAUUAUUUAAUUCACUGUGAAAUACUUUACUGUGUCAUACAAUCUGAGCACAUGACCAUGUCUCAUAAAUUGCUAAAUGAGAACAUGGUCAUUGGAUUGAUCUCCUGAUCUCUGUGAGAACUACACACUGUGUAUUUAUUAGUCAUGUCAUGUGAUAUAAUGUUCUUGUUUUUAUUUUUCUUACCCAUAAAAAGUAAAUGAGAUUUCAGAUGAGUUUAUGUAUGAUUCAGUAUUAUUUAUUUAUUUAUUUAACUAAAAAUACAUGUAUUUAUUUUUGCCAUUAUUUAUGAUAUUUUUGGAAUAUUUGA